CCACCCACGCAAGCGCCGAGGCCGACCCGGAAGCGGUGGGCCCUUCUCCUCGGCGCGCCGGGCGAUGGGCCCGGAGGCCGCGGCGGACGCGGAGCCCCCGGCGGGCAGCGCCCUGUCGGCGGCGAGGCUGGUGUCGGCGGCGCGGGAGGAGCUGGGGGCCGGGCGGCGGUGCCGGUUCCCGGCGGCCCGCGCCCUGCAGCUGGCCGGGGAGGUGCUGGCGGUGGCGGCGGGGCUGAAGCCGGCCCUGCUGUACGACUGCGGCGCGGCGGGUCCCGCCGAGCUGCGGCGGUACCUGGCCCGGCUCAGGGAGGCCGGGCUGGCCCCACGCCGCCUCCACUUGCUGGGCGUGGAGGGCUCGGCCCUGCUGCUGCACCCCGGGCUCGCCCGGCGGAGGCUGGCGGCCGUGCUGAGCGCUCGCCCCGCGCCCUUCAUGGAUGUCUCAGCGGGGCGGCAGCGCCCAUCUCUCUGCGGGCCGGCGGAGGCCCAGGCCAUCAGGGACCACCUCACCGCCCUCCUUGCCCACCUUGGGGCCGUCGAGGCUGCUGCCACCGGCCCCGUGUCCUCCAGUGAGGUUGUCCCCACGGGCUGGAACCUCUGCACCAUCGUCGGGGUGCUGCUGGGCUACCCGGCGGCGUACGCCUUCUCCGUGGAGGAGGGUGCUGAGAACUGCCUGGCGCUGACGCCUCUGAGAGUGUUCACGGUGCAGGCCUCCUGCCCCAGGAUAAGGGAUGGUUUCAGGGUCCAGAUCUACUCCUUCAGCAUCCCGGAGAGCCUCUGCGCAGAGCUGAAGGAGGCGCUGGAUGCCUGGUGCGAUGAGCUGAAGGAGGCCUUCAGUGUGCAGAAUGACUUUGUAGAUCUCCGCAUUUCGAGCGAGGUGGUGUCUCUUCCAGUGGUUGCCUUGUAAAACACAAACCUUUUAGCCUGUCUCAGUUGCAUCAGGGACUGAGGCAAGACAUCUGGUUCCUGUAGGCGCAGCCCACUGAGGUUCUCAAGAGGCUCAUGGGCAAGAAAGGCUGAAUUUUGACGACCUGAGGCCCCCAACCUCGUAGGCCAGUUGCAGAUCAAAUACAUGUACUUGCCAGAAGACCAGUGUGAGGAUGUACGCGCUCACAGCUGCUCUGCAGCCUCCAUCCGGACUGUAGCGCGUGCCCUCUAAAGUCAGGGUAUAUUUGCUGCAAACAGCUGAGGGUUAAUUAAAACAUUCAACACCACAAUAUUUUGAAUUUG